AUGGGGGCAACUAGGUCGCACGGCAAAAGCCGAGGGAGCCGCGGAGGCAACGGCGGCGGCUCUCGGGGACGAGGUGCUUACUACAAGGCACUGUACGGGAGACGCAGAAGCAGAUCAUCUGAAGAGCCGCAUGCCUAUAUGACGGGCUCUGCCGACUCAGGCUGUGCUACCACGCCUCAGCAAGCAGCUGGCAGCAGCGACGACCUUGGGCGGCUGCUGAUCCGGCUCGAUCGGCAGCAGUACGGCGCAUACAAGCAGUUCGGCAGGCGCACAUUCCAGUUUGACCGGUUCCAGCUGACAUUUGACCAGAUACAAGCGGAUCCGUAUGCAACGCCUAGUAGAAUCAGGCAACAGUUCCCUUCGUCGCUUUACUCGAGCCAGACCCGGGCCAUUGCCAGCUCGCACUAUCUGUCAAGACAUAUAUAUACGACGAUCACUCAUGCACAAUCGAGAUACUCGCAAAAGGGAGGCAAUGGCGGAGGGUGGAAAUCAGCCAAAGGCGGUGAUAUCUGCAUCGAGCGGCCUGGGCAAGAAGUCAUCGAGCGCACGUCGGUUGUCAUCAACAGCGAGUAUAUUGAGGCACGGAUGACAGGACGCACGAUUCUUGGCAGCAUGGCGCAUGGAAUGUUCCUCAAGACAUUGCCACGCAUUGUGGAUCUGUCAAUGCUGUUUUCCGCAGUGGAGGCAGGUGAUAUGCAUGAUUUUGUGGCAUGUAUUGAGGACCAGGAUGCGCUGCGCGGAAUGCUGGCGGACGCAAAACUGGUGGCUUUUGUGGGCAACGGCGGCAUAUCAAACCUGCCACUGGAUGGCCCCAGUGUCGUCAAGUUCCAAUCACCAGAUGAUCUGCAGGUAUCGUUCACCUUGCCCAAUCGUGGCCAGGUCGAGGGCAUGGGGAUUCCGCAUGGGAUAACGGUCAUUACAGGUGGUGGGUUCCAUGGCAAGUCGACACUGCUGCAGGCCAUCGAGCAUGGCGUCUACAACCAUAUUCCUGGAGAUGGACGCGAGCUGGUUGUGACAGAGCCAUGUGCUACCAAGGUCAAGGCAGAGGAGGGACGGUUCGUCGGAAGCGUCGAUAUCCGCCCAUUCAUCAACAACCUGCCAUUUGGCAAGGACACGCGCGAUUUUUCGACGCUCGAUGCAUCAGGGUCAACAUCGAUGGCAGCGUCAAUCCAGGAGGCGCUCGAGGCUGGCACAACGUCAUUGCUACUGGACGAAGAUACCUGCGCGACAAAUUUCCUGAUCCGCGACCAGCGCAUGCAGCGGCUAGUAGCAAAAGACACCGCGCGGGCUGAGCUGUGGAGCGACAAGCACAUCAGUCUACUACUGGUCAUUGGGGGUUGCGGGGACUAUCUGGAUGUGGCCACCAUAGUACUGUCCAUGAGCAAGUACCAGGUGCACAAUGUGACAGCGAAAGCGAGAGACAUUGUCAGCCAGAUGCCGGUGACUGUGGAGGCCCCGGUUUGCCGUAUGGCGCUUGUGCCAGGCUUCCUCAAGCCCCCAAGGACCAGGGCUCGUGGCGUGGUGGCACUGUUUCCGCCGAACAAUCCGGCGGAUGCGGCACCCUCCCCGAUUCCAGCAGGCGGCAUUUCAGAAAUAAUAUUGGACAAUCCCCAUGGCGCCGGGGAGGAGGCUGAGCAUGGGCCAGAGCUUGACCUGUCGGGCUUGGACCAGCUGGUAUCAGUGUCGCAGACCCGCUGCAUCGCCAAAGCCAUCGACAUCAUCUCACAUGCAAAGGAUGGCCUUGCAAAGGUUGUCGACCUGCUUGACAUGGUUGACUCUAUGUCCCUGGACCAGAUUUCAGGCCGAUCUGCACCAGCGGGGGACUUGGCAAGGCCGCGCCGCAUCGAGGUCGGACUGGCUAUUAAUAGGACUGCGUGUUGCCAAAUUCACUAUGCGAAGAGAGGACAAAAUGCUGCGAGUGGGGGACAGCAGGGUUCAUGACCAAACGAC